CAAGUGUGAAAACAGGAAUUGCUAAUGGGCUCGGCGGCAACAAGGGAGGGGUUGCGGUGGCGUUGUCUAUCGCCAUGACGGUCUCGCCCUUGCAGAUGGUUCCGGGAAGAAGAAAGGGCGAGAGCACUUCUCACACGGAAGGGAGCACGUCGUCGGUUUUCUCACCUAGAGAAGGCGGUCUAUGCUCCGUGCAUGUAGGUGACGAUGUUAAUUUUGAGGCCAGCGCGCCACCACGCAUUACCCUACUUUUCGUUGGAGCUCAUUUGUCUGCCCAUCAAAAAGGUGUGCACAUGCGGAAUAAAGAUUAUCUUUCCAUUGUGCGAUCGUUGCGGGUCGGGUCUCAAGGCCGCCACAAGGCACUUUUUAGGGAACGAUUUUUGCACGAGUGUCCGUUUAAUGAAGAAUUGAAAGACGUGGACGGGGGUGACAACAACGAGGUGUUGGUGUCAGGAUGUGGGAACGGUGUGGACGACGAGUGUGGCGAUGUCGAGUGCAGCAGUGAUCUUUCACUCAUGCGCCUUCCGGUUGCCCAAAGUAAUUUUGACUCUCGGCUUUAUCGCGAUGUCACGGACGAGUUCGAUCUUGUCUUUUUUGGUGGGGAUCUCAACUAUCGCAUCAACGGCACACGCAAGGCGAUUGAGUACAUCAUCAAAAACCACAAGGACAUCCGCUCGAUUCUUGUCCAUAAUGACCAACCGAAUCUUGAGCGGGCGAAGGGCCUUGUUUUUCGUCGAUUUUAUGAGGGAAAUCUUUUGUUUCGUCCAACGUACAAGUACGAAAUUGCUCAUGACGCGUACAAUUACACAAAGAAGAAGGAUCGCAUGCCGGCGUACUGUGAUCGUGUUCUCUACAAGAGAGGACAGGGCUCUAGGGCCGGGAGGGUACGAAUACGUCUCUACACGGAUGUACAGCACCUUCGGACAAGUGAUCAUCGGCCGGUAGUUGCCAUAUUUGACCUUGCGACGUGUGCACAUUUACCGUCUUUUCCACGUUGA